ACUCCCACAACAAGGAAACUACAAAUCCUAGCAGGCCGCGCGCCUGGCCGCCUGGCAGCAGGAGGGGGAGGGAGCGAGAAAAAUUCCUUCCCUGGAUGCUGGUAAAGAUGGCGGCUUGGGGAAGGAGGCGCGGAGUCACAGGGAUUAGGGAAAGGGGGCCACUGAAUUCAACAGACUGCUAUAUUGUCCGUGAAAUCUACAAUGGAGAGAACGCACAGGAGCAAUUUGAAUAUGAGCUGGAGCAAGCCUUGGAGACCCAGUACAAGUAUAUUAUUAUCGAGCCAACUCGAAUUGGAGAUGAGACGGCACGCUGGAUCACAGUUGGGAAUUGCUUGCAUAAAACAUCUGUCAUUGCGGGAUCAGUCUGCCUGUUAGCCCCAUUGGCAUUGGCUCCAGAAUAUGCUCGUUACGUAACCCUGCCUAUUGGGGCAAUCAGUGUGGCCUGUGCAGCUCUCUAUGGCAUUUCAUGGCAAUUCGACCCCUGCUGCAAGUACCAAGUGGAAUAUGACACCUGCAAACUCUCCCGGUUACCCCUGAACACACUCACUUCAUCCACGCCUGUAGUUCUGAUUAGAAAAGAUGAUAUUCACAGGAAAAGACUUCACAACACAAUAGCAUUGGCAGCCUUGAUGUACUGUGUUAAGAAAAUUUGCGAGAUCUAUGCAGUAUGAUUGGGACAAAUGGAGCUCUUGUAUCCACCUAAUAGAGUACUGAUGAUAUGACAAGUUGUGGUCAGUGGAGACUGCAGGAACAAGGUCUCAUAGAUUUUUAGAAGUAUCUCCCCUUGUGCACUGAGUUUUCCAAUCCAUGUUCUAGUUCUUGCCCAUCCUCAUGAUCUUGAUCCUCUGUAAAAGACCACAGACCUGACAUUUAUAUAAAAAAAUUCAAUAUAUGCAGAGCUACUGAGAUGUUUCAGGUGAUAAACAGGCAAAUGACCCUCUCAAUUACUUUCAUAUUCUGCACAUUUCCACAAACAAGGCAUUACCUGGCUUUUGAGUUGUAAUCAUAAAAUUUUACAGCACAGAAUUCCCACCAGGAUCCUAAGUAUAUGUUCAGAGUUGAGCAUGUAUAUUUUCAAAAUUUAACUGAUGGCUUUUGGUGGGUCUUGCCAAUUAAUAUUGCUGCAAUGCAGAAACAUUAUCGCACAUGUAUUAUAAAAUGUGAUCUUCACAUUUAUUUCCUGUGCUAGUUUGCAGCACUUGAGAUGAAUUAAUUUAAUCUUUCGGUUAUUACUUUAUUAGUGAAACUGUAGCAAGUCAGUUUCCAAUUGAAAUUACCGCAUUAAAAGCAUAGAAUGAAUUCAUUUACAAAAUGUAGUUCGUGUGUCUGAAUUUAAAGUGCGAUAACUCCGUUGUUUGUUUUUUAACCUGUAGGUCGCCGCGAUGUAGUCAGAAAUGCUGAAUUUUAAAGGCCAGUGAGAAAGGUGCAGCACCCAAAUGCUCAUCAGUGGGAUUUUAAUUUUGUCAGUAACAGGUUUAUCCCCAAUACUUUUUUUCAUGAUGCUGCCACUUUUUCUCACUUCUUUUGUAGUAAAUGUACAUCAGAUUGAGUUGGGAGUUAGAAUUUGUGAAAGCCAUGCUCUGAUACAGUUUGAGUUCAGGGGUUUGAGUUCCGAACUAAAUCUGAGAAAGCUUUGAAAUUAGGAUUUGGCAUAUAAUGCACUUCAUCUGGUUCUAGUUUCCCUGCAACCAUGCUGUUGCUGCAAUGUGAAGACCUUUUUCUUAAUUUGGCAAUAAAAGGGAACAUUUUGAGCACAGUCACAAUGUCACCAAGAUUCCUAAUCUUCAUUUUGGUGACAUUUCCAUCCUGACUCAUUGGUCAGUAUUUACUGCAUGUUUUUUGAGUAUUUUGUUUUCAUUCCUCAUGGUAAUGUUUCAUGGGAAGCAACAUGAAGUUCUGAAGGGGCAAAAAAGAGGAUUGGAGGGGCCCGGAUUGUGGGUCCAGGUUGUACUAAUACUUUAGGAUUACAAUGCAAUUUUUUUUUUAAAAAAAUUGCAUUUAUUUUCCUUGACUUGCGUUGUGGAAAUGGUAUUUAUGCAAUGCAGUGAUGAACUUUCUGUGUACAAUGGGGCGAAGACUUGUCUCUGAUAAAACGUGGCACACUUCAGACAAAGAUUGUUGGGUACGUUAUGCAAAUUAUAUUUUAAAGUAAUUUUUUGAAACCUUUAUAAAUCCGUGUAUCUUGGACAUUCUUAGACAAUCCAAUAAAGAAUGAGAAGAAA